AUGCUUUUCUGUGAGCAAUCAAAUGGCAAUACAGGAGUGAUUGACAAGGUAAACAACUUAACAGAUUCUACGGCAUCAGUUGUUCCUGAUCCAGCAUUAGUAAACAUUAAGAACACGAUCCUCCCAGCAGCCAGUUUCUAUUCUUCACCCAACAAGUUCUCUGAACUACGCCGUGUAACCUCCCUCCAUCCAUUCCGAAUUCAUACUCUAUCCAAGUGUGCUGCCGCAGAUAAGCUGACCGCUCAUGCUUUCAAGAUCCAUUGGGACGAUCAAAAGAAUAACACCAUAAACGAUGACUUCCUACUGUACAUCUUUUGA